GUUUCUACGUGACACUGAUCGUGAACCGCUGGUGGAACCAGUACCGGAGCAUCCCGCUGCCGGACCGGAUCAUGUGCGCGCUGUCGGGGGGGCUUCAGGGCGGGGACGAGCGCGGGCGUCUGCUGCGCCGCACCCUCAUGCGCUACGCCAGCCUCUCCGCCCUGCUCAUCCUGCGCUCCGUCAGCACCGCCGCCUUCAAGCGCUUCCCCACCAUCGACCACGUGGUGGAGGCAGGCUUCAUGACGCGAGAUGAGCGCAAGAAGUUCGAGGGGCUGCAGUCGCCCUACAACAAGUACUGGAUCCCGUGCGUGUGGUUCACCAACCUGGUGGCGGUGGCGCGCUGCGAGGGGCGCAUCAAGGACGACUGCACCCUCAAACUGAUUUUAGAG